CUGUUCUUGUGCUCAGUCGAUCAGAGACGGCUGUUAGCGAUCGCUCGCGCCGCAAUUGUCCUGACUCGCAUACGCAGUGCUUUUGCAGCCUAACCCCAGGGCGCAUUAGUUGAACAGCAAAAAAUGGCACCGAAGAAGCAGGAGGCCCCGAAGGAGCGCCCGCUGCUGGGACGCUUCAAGAGCAACCUGAAGAUUGGCCUUGUGGGCAUGCCCAACGUCGGCAAGUCGACGCUGUUCAACCUGCUGACGAAAGUGGGCGUCCCCGCCGAGAACUUCCCCUUCUGCACCAUCGACCCCAACAACGCACGCGUGAACGUGCCCGAUGACCGCUUCAACUGGCUGUGCAGCGUCUACAAGCCCAAGUCAUCCGUGCCCGCCUUCCUGGAUGUGGUGGACAUUGCCGGUCUGGUGCGCGGCGCCGCCACCGGCGAGGGCCUGGGCAACGCCUUCCUGAGCCACAUCGCGGCGGUGGACGGCAUUUUCCACGUGUGCCGCGCCUUCGAGGACGCGGACGUCAUCCACGUGGAGGACCGCGUGGACCCCGUGGGCGACCUGGACAUCAUCCACAAGGAGCUGCGCGCCAAGGACCGCGCCAAGAUCGAGGGCGUGAUCGACGGCAUCAACAAGCUCAAGAGCCGCGGCCUCAAGAAGGAGCAGCUGGAGGAGCUCGAGUGCGCCGGCCGUAUCCUGGAGCACCUCAACAAGGAGAUUGACGUGCGCUUUGGCGACUGGUCGGCCAAGGACGUGGAGUGGCUGAACGAGUACCAACUGCUCACAGCCAAGCCCGCCGUGUACCUGGUCAACAUGUCGGAGAACGACUUCGCGCGCAAGAAGAACAAGUUCCUGCCCAAGAUCCACGAGUGGGUGCAGGCGCACGGCGGUGAGCCCAUCAUCCCCUUCUCGGCGUCGUUCGAGAACAAGAUCAACGACAUGCCCGAUGACGAGAAGGACAAGUACUGCAAGGAGCUGGGUGUGGUGUGCCAGCUGCCCAAGAUUAUUACCACCGGCUUCCGCGCCAUCCACCUCAUCUACUUCUUCACUGCCGGCGAGGACGAGGUCAAGUGCUGGCAGAUCCGCCAGGGCGCCAAGGCACCGCAGGCCGCGGGCACCAUCCACACAGACUUUGAGCGCGGCUUCAUCUGCGCCGAGGUGAUGAAGUUCGAGGAGCUCAAGGAGCUAGGCACGGAGUCUGCAGUCAAGGCCGCUGGCAAGUACCGCCAGCAGGGCAAGGAGUAUGUGGUGACCGACGGCGACAUCAUCUUCUUCAAGUUCAACGUGACCUCCAGCGGAAAGAAGUAAAAGGAGCAGCAUGGCAUCAGCAGCAGCAGCAUGGUCAGGAUGUUAUAUAGAAGCUCGAAGGGGUCUUCUGCGGGGGUGCGGAGGCGGGGGCGGUGGCUGCCAUGACGGAGCCGGCAAGCGGGCAGGAGGGGCCUAAAUGCCAGGAUGAGGGGGGUUGCGCGGUGUGGGCGCCGUUAGUGUUGGGAUUUGGCCGGGAAUUUUGCGGCGCACAUGUGCGCAGGCCUGAGCAUGAUACGGCAAUGGGGCACGCCCACAGGCGAGUGUGCCUGUGUGCCCUUGGGGCGGGAGUGCGCAGGACCCGUGCCAUGUGUAGCUGUAGGGCCAUAGUCUAGGCAAGUGCUCGUAGGUAUCCAUGGUGUGCUGAGUCUGGCGCAGGCACAGGCAGGGCCGGGCAAGGAGGCAGGCAGGCUCUGAGGUCGCAGCGCACUUGCAACACCAUCCACAUCACGGGUUCCCCCCAUGAUCCACAUGCAUUCCGAAUGUGGUAAUACCCGCGUUCCUG